GUUCCCUACUUAUAACUUGAGAUCGAGAGACCACGCCUUGUAACACUUACAUUGAAGAUGUCAGGCCUCGAUAGCGUUCAGUACCCGUCCUCGAACCUCCAGGGUUCAUAUGGAUGGACAGAUACCCUCAAGGGUGUAUACUACGGACCUGGCUCGCUUGCUACGGCUUUGCCAAAGUUACUUCAGACAUUAGGGGGGACGAAGGCACUCGUCGUCACAGGGAGAAGCCUGCACGAUAAGACCGAUGUCGUGAAGAAGGUCGAGAAUGUCUUGAAACAACACAACGCGUACGGCGGCACGUUCUACGAGAUCGGACAGCACUCUCCCGUCUCUGGCAUCCACAACGGCCUUAAGGCGUUCAAAGAUGCCAGUGCCGACAUUAUUGUGUCAGUCGGUGGCGGCUCGCCUAUCGACGCCUCGAAGGCGAUCCUCUAUUUCUACCAGCAAGAAAAGGGCGGGGAUUAUCUCCGGCAGAUCGCGAUCCCGACCACGUUGAGCGCGGCCGAAUACACCGUUGGUGCUGGGUACACGAACGAAGAGGGAAAGAAGGUAGCUGUGAGCUCGCCCCAAUUGGCACCUGCAGGCAUCAUCCUUGAUGCUGAGCUGACCCUUGCUACUCCUGAUCGGCUUUGGCUGUCCACCGGAAUGCGUGCUGUCGAUCACGCUGUUGAGAAUCUCUACAGGCCUCUCGUACCUCCGCCCAUCAAAUACCUCUGCUUCGCCGCGUUAGCAGAUCUCUUCGAGUAUCUACCCAAGUCCAAGGCCAGCCCGCAGGACAUUAAUGUUCGACAGAAACUUCAGAUUGCUUCGUGGAUGAGUCUAUGGCCGCUCAAGCUUGAGAAGUACAGUGCUCUAGGUCUGUCCCACGCCUUGGGACACAAGCUGGGUGCAACGUACAGCAUUCCACAUGGCAUCACAUCCUGCCUUACCCUGGGGCCGACAGUAGCGUUGAAAGCGCAAGUCGCUUCCCAAGAAGACAAAGAAUGGCUGUCCAAGGCUCUCUUCUACCUACGCGAGCAGAACACAGGCUCCCUAGAGGGCGAUGUACUGAAGCUUUCUGGCUUGAUCAACGGACUCGUCAAGGAGCUAGGACUUGAAUCAAAUCUGGAGGAGUACAAGGUGCCCCGCACCGAUGUUCCGAAGAUUGCUGAGCUUGCUGUGGGCAGCAAGGAUGAUCCGACAUUCCCGGGGGUGGUGAAGCUGCUCGAGGGCCUGUACCCCAACUGAGGUGCUCUCGGUGCUUGGCUGACGUAUCGGUGCCCUUCAGGCCAAAUGAAUGGAAAUACUGCAUGUAUCAUUGGAUGUAUAGUACAUUGAGAAGUAGGGAUCACGCCAUUCAAAGAGGCGAUAUCG